AUGGUUAUUCUGCCUAAAGCCAAAAAUAACUGGUUAAAUUUACGUUUGCAAGAUUUUAAAUCUAUUUCUGAGUAUAAUUCUGCAUUGUUUAAAAUCACUUCACAGCUGAAAUUGUGUGGUGAAAAUAUAACAGAUGAACAAUUACUCGAGAAAACAUUUACCACUUUCCACGUCUCGAGUGUUGUCUUGCAGCAACAAUAUCGAGAGCGUCGUUUUAAGAAAUACUCAGAGUUGAUUUCAUGUAUGCUUGUUGCAGAACAUAAUAACGAAUUAUUAUUAAGAAAUCAUGAAUCUCGUCCAGUGGGCUCUGUUUCUGUUCCUGCAACACAUGCAACAACGAGUUCUACCAAUGGUAAUGGACGGUGUAAUAAUAAAGGUAAAGGAAAACGUGGUCGUGAUAAUGAAAAGAACCAAGAUAAUAAUUCACGGUUUAAGCCAAACCACCAGGAGUGGAAAGAUUGCACCCCAAAGAAAGAACAUAAGCCAGAUAAAGGAAAAGAUUCGUUUGACAAACCUAUAAAGAACAAGGAAGAUGUUUGUUACCGUUGUGGUAUGACUGGUCAUUGGUCACGUACCUGUCGUACUGCCAAGCAUCUUGUUAAUCUAUAUCAAGCAUCCCUGAAGCGACUUGCAGUUGAUAUUGAGACAAAUCUUAUAGAGACCAAUGAGGCUUGUACUAGUUCUCCCCACUUAGACUUUGACUUUCUUACAAAGUCAGAAGAAGAGAAGUGGGAUAUAACUGAUUUUCUUAAUAAGUCAGAUGAUGAAGAACUUAACUAG